AAUGUAGUUCAUACGAGGCUGAGCACGCAGUUAUCGGAGGAGACCGGGAGCGGACGAAACCAGUCUGGAAAGAAGAGAAGCCAAACCCGCAGACAUGGCAUUCAACACGCUGACAUCGAGAGCGGUUCUGCUGUAUGAUGAGUGGAUCAGAGAAGCAGUUGCAGAUCCACGGACUGAGGACUGGCUCCUAAUGUCUUCGCCGUUCCCUCAAACCAUCAUCAUUGCUGCCUACAUCUACUUUGUGACAUCACUAGGGCCUCGGCUCAUGGAAAACCGCAAGCCCUUUGACCUCAAGCGGCCCAUGAUCAUCUACAACUUCGCCAUUGUGGCCUUUUCGCUGUACAUGAUUUAUGAGUUUCUUAUGUCUGGCUGGGGAAACGGAUACACCUAUGGGUGUGACAUCGUGGAUUACUCUCGUUCUCCUCAGGCUCUCAGGAUGGCGUGGACCUGCUGGCUGUACUAUUUCUCAAAGUUCAUUGAGAUGUUGGACACUAUUUUCUUUGUUUUGAGGAAAAAGAACAGCCAAGUGUCUUUCCUGCAUGUCUACCAUCACUCCAUCAUGCCCUUCACCUGGUGGUUUGGAGUCAGAUUUGCUCCAGGUGGUCUGGGAACUUUCCACGCCCUUCUGAACUGCAUUGUGCAUGUCAUCAUGUACACCUACUAUGCUCUCUCCGCGAUGGGACCCGCCUACCAGAAGUACCUGUGGUGGAAAAAGUACAUGACCACCAUCCAGCUGGUUCAGUUUACGCUGGUGACAGCUCACAUCGGCCAGUUCUUCUUCAUGAAAGAUUGUCCUUACCAGUUUCCAGUGUUCCUCUACGUUAUCGGUCUGUACGGGCUGAUCUUUCUGAUCCUGUUUCUCCACUUCUACUAUCAUGCCUACACCAAAGGCAAAAGGCUUCCCAAAGUGCACCAGAACGGGACCUGCCAACAGAACGGAAAUUACCUUCACAAAAAAUCGAAGUAAUCGAAGUGAACCUCGAACCAAUUUGUGUGAAUAUUCCUUUUUAUUUCAGAGUAUGUUUGAGGUUCCACUCCCCUGUUUUAUGUUAAAACUAUGGUGGAAUGCCACCUUCAUCACUUUAUUUCAUACGUUCAAACUUGCACACUGGUGUUUUCACUGCUGUCGUUGUUUUCACUUAAGUCUAUGAAAUGAGUAUGAGGUGGAUGUGUUUUUGUUUUGUCCCCCACUUCACCUGUAAAUAUUUGCAUUCUCUGCUUUGGAAUAUGAUUGACCUGCUGGUUGAUUCAGACAUGAGGUUAUGAAAGCUAUGGCGACUUGACGUUUGUUGCUAAAAGGGUUUUUGAUGUGUUUUUAGUUUUAGCUAAGUGAUCCUGAGGCCUUUUUACAUUGGAACAAUUUUGACUGAUUCACCUUGAGCUUGAACCUGUACGUUUAUACCACGCAGAAGUGAUGUCAUCUGAAGUUAUUUUUGUGAACAGUUAAUGCUGUCUAACUGCAUAUGACUAUUUAUUUGAUGUUUCUUAAUGUGAUUCUUUUAAAAAAAAAAUCUGUAUGGUUUAUAUUCGCUGUUAUGCUUUUAUUCAAGACUGAUUUGAGCAAAUGAACAGCUGGACUUUGAUGCCGGGAUUAUUCUUUUUAAACCUUUGUGAAAAAGAAAUGAGUUGUUUUAUAAAGAAACUAAAUGCAUUAUUUUCCAAUA